AAAAACAAAAAAAAAAAUGUUUUAAAAGUGUUUUAGGGCAGUUUUGAUAUCGUUCAGUGCUUGAAGUUUUUCGUACGUUUCAAAUAAAACGGAAGUUCCAAACGCAUUGCUUGAGGUAGUGUAUGUUGUGUUGCCAGCUUUUGGGCGGUAAAAAUUGACCAGUUUCCAGUUCUUUAUUAAUCCGGAGUAAAAUGAAAAUGCCCAAGUUUUGGAAAUCUGGAAGGAUGUGGCGUACCAUUCGUAUGGAUAUAAUGGCCAUGGUAGACUCUACACCAAAACCUAUCUCCCACCAUAGCGAAGCAGACCGUUAAGCAGAGCUCUUUCUUCUGCCACCAUCUCUUCAGUAGCGACUUUCCUGGCUGGUGCAAAGCAACACUUUCAGCCAGUUGCACAACACACGUCACUUCUGGACAACCUACUUAAGAUCUGACGUUGUCCGCGCCCGUAAACGCAGCCUAAACGCGGUGAAAUUCAGUGAGUUGUGACCGGAAAAACCACGAGGAUCUAAAAAUCGACGGAGAUAACAAGAGGGUCACCUACAACCAAAAAUAAAAUCACCACACUUUUUGGAGUGGAGAUCAGUGAUAUUCUGUGUAUGUGAAGUGACAAGUGUUGCUGUUUGGUGCGUUUCAUCCCUUUUUUAACUUUGUUCGAGUUACAAAUCGUCCAAAAAUGAAGGGAAGAGAAAAGCUUUGCGCUAAACUAUCGAGCGCGUUCCUUAGGAAGUGGUGGUUCGUGGUCGCUGCUGCAGUAGGAACCGUCAUAUUCGGCAUAUUAGUAGUAAUAUUCUUCCCUAGUUGGGUCAAACUAGUCAUACAUCAUGAAAUAGUCCUUCGGAACGGAUCGCAAGCUUUUGGCUGGUGGGCCAAACCUCCGGUGGAACCCACGAUAAAGGUCUAUAUCUACAACGUGACGAACGCCGAUGAGUUCCUCAACAACGGCUCCAAACCCAUCGUGGAGGAGCUGGGACCCUACGUUUAUGUGGAGACGUGGGAGAAAAAGAAUCUCAGAUUCCACGAUAAUGGAACUGUCACCUUCAACCAAGAAAAAAUCUACAUAUUCGACGAGAGCCAAUCGGCUGGAUCCGAGGACGAUGUUGUGGUAGUGCCCAACAUCCCUAUGCUGAGUGCAACGUCGCAGUCCAAACACGCAGCCAGGUUCCUCAGGCUAGCCAUGGCCAGCAUCAUGGACAUCCUGAAGAUCAAACCCUUCGUCGAAGUGACGGUGGGUCAACUGCUCUGGGGUUACGAAGAUCCCCUGUUGAAGCUGGCCAAGGACGUGGUCCCGAAGGAGCAGAAACUUCCCUACGAGGAGUUUGGGCUCUUGUACAACAAAAACGGCACCUCCAAGGACAAUGUUACGGUGUUCACCGGGGCCGAUGAUAUCACGCAGUACGGUCUUAUAGAUAAGUUCAACGGGAUAAGCCACUUGAGCCAUUACAAGACUGACAAGUGUAACAGCCUCAAGGGUUCAGACGGUUCCAUAUUUCCACCGGACAUAACCAAGAACACUACUUUGUACGUUUACGACAAGGAUUUGUGCAGGAAGCUCCCUCUGGUGUACGUGAAGGACAUCGUAGGCAGCGACGACGUGCCCGGAUACAGAUUUUCACCGCCCACCAACGUCUUCGCCGGCGUCGAAGAGAACCCAGAGAACGACUGUUUCUGUCCGCAAGGGCCACCCUGUACACCGGCCGGAUUCUUCAACGUUUCCUUGUGCCAAUACGAUUCCCCGGUGCUCCUGUCCUUCCCGCAUUUCUACAUGGCCGACGAUAAAUACAGGACGGCCGUUGAGGGUAUCUCCCCACCUGACCCGGAGAAACAUCAGUUCUUCCUGGACGUCCAACCGCUCAUGGGUGCUCCUCUAAGGGCAAAGGCAAGGAUCCAACUCAAUUUGGCUGUUUCGCAAGUUGUGGACAUCAAACAAGUGGCUACGUUCCCAGACAUCAUCUUCCCCAUCAUGUGGUUCGAAGAGGGUUUGGACGGUCUCCCCAAGCAGAUGACGAACCUGAUGGGGUUGGCUACUAAGGUUCCGCCAGUGGCGCACGUCGCUCUGUCCAUAGGGGUCAUAGUGCUUGGAUUGUUGCUCCUCCUCGUGGCCAUUUGGAGGUUGGUCAGGGGGGCGCACAGGUUAAGUUCCCUACAAUUAGCACCAGGACACGUUGGAAGCCAAACGAAGAAAGAAAAAGAUGUUCCGAUGAACAACGUUAAUAAAAACUAGGAAAACAAGGACCGAAUUUAUGGGGUGGACGAAAAUUUCUCACUUAUUUGACUACUUAAACGAAUAAAUAUAUACCAGAUGAUUUUUUUUCCAGCAGGAACCAAAUACAGGCUAGAUACGUAUAGUUGAGAAACAAAGCAAUAUUUUCGAAUGAAACAAAUUCUUUUAUUACAUUGUUAGGCAUGAAAAACCACCCGGGGAUGAAACAGUUGAAAAUUUUUAAGAUUCUUCGUCAUCAAUACACGAGAUUUCGAAAAUUGAUAAAAGUAUCGAGAAAUAUUGGUGCUACUGUGAUAAUGUCUAAUUCUUUUAUGAAACAUACUCAUUUCUAUCUAAUUUGUGGUUGGAAUUCGCCAAAAGGACCAAUUUGAAUCGGAAUUUUCGAAUCGAGUAAAUUUUCACCUAAUUUUGCUCAUUGUAUAUAUUUUUAAGUUUUGUAAACAGUUUCUACGAUUUUUAGAUAGAUUUCAUGAUAAGGUUAGGUAAUAUUUGUGCAUAUUAGUUUUAAGUAUACAGAAUCAGUCUAUCGUUGAAUUGAAAAGGUUUUGGGGCCAAAUUUUCGGUCGAAUCUCUCUGGUAAAUGUGUGUGAUUUUAGAGUUUUAGACUAAUUCCGAAAUGGAUCUUUUCGAAUGGAGUUUUGAGGAAAUCUCGAAGAUUGAAUCGUCGGAAUUUCGGCUAGUUGAUUCAUUUUUGUUCUAAGAAUUUUGUUACUGAGUGUUUUUAUGCAUUUUUAUAAGUUGAUUAUGAAAUACAUUAUUAGUUAAUAAAUAUUUAUAGAAAA